UACCGCGUGGGAACCUACUGCUCAAAAUGGGGACUACUAGUGAGAAAUCGGAGAAAAAUACUGAUGUUACAGAAAAAGACAAGGUGUUCUAUGAUCCCAUGGCGGUCACAUGGUUGGACAAAUACAGCAGCACUUUGGACACGAUUUGGACAAAUUUACCUAAGAACAUUAGACCUAUAAUUGUAGGGUUGGCUGUCUUCACAUUUGGUGCCACAAUCAGAGGGGAGUGGCUGUUGAUAUUUGUGCAUCUUGCGAAGUACCUGGGAUAUAACAAAGGAGAAGCGAAUGGCAAUGCGACAUUUAGUUUGAAAGAGCUCAGUCUGGAGUCUCUCUACCUCAAGGAUCUGCAGUAUUACUGGAUAAGUGCAACGAUAGUCUCGUAUGGUGCAUACUUCAUAAUUGGCGGUUUCCUCCAUUGGUACUACUACGUGAGACAGAGAGACAAAUCAGAGGAGUGGAAAUGUCAGCCUCACACAUGGAUGUCCCCUGAGCUUGAACGCCACGAGAUCUUGCUAGGAUCCUUAAGCCUUUUUGUGGUUAGCUCCAUUUCUUCUGUACUUUCCUGUUACAUUAGCAAUGGCGGCUGGUCCAGAAUCUACUACCAGUUCGAUGAAUACACCUGGAUUUGGUGGUUUCUUCAGUGGCCAGUCAUAUUCAUUUUUCAGGACUAUGGGACUUACUGGUUUCACAGAACCUACCAUACGCCUUUCCUCUACAAGCACUUUCACAAAAUGCACCACAAAUACAAGCAGCCCACUGCAUUCUCUGUUACGGCAAUCCAUCCACUGGAGAUAAUGCAUGGGCAAGUGAUCCUCAUACUCCCCAUCUUUUUAAUUCCUGUUCACUUUGUGUCCUUUUCCGUUAUAAUACUGUACAUAUACUACUUCGGCAUCAUCGACCAUUCUGGAAUAAACUUCAAAGCAUAUUGGUGGCAACCAUGGCAACCAGACGCCAUAUUUCACGAUAAUCAUCACCAGUACUUCCAUGUCAACUUCGGUUUCAACUGCGACUUUUGGGACAAGCUACAUGGCACGUACAGAAAAAAGGAUCGUAUAUACCAUGAGGAUGUGUACUACGGACAGGGAAAAGCGAUACACGAAGCAACUGAAGAAGAACUGAAGAAAGAUUUGCAGGAGAGAGAAUCGGAAAAUCCUUUGGCUCACAGAAAUAAUGUAAUGGAGUUCAGACUUACAGAAGAAGAUCUCAAGAAGCAUAGUUAAGCCUAUAGACGGACAAGAUAUUAUUUGUGACAUUAACAGUGCAUCGAAUUUUUUCUUAUAGUUUCCCUCGACUAGACGAAUUCCUGUUUCGUGAAUGGUGAGACAAUAUUUAUUUAGCCCACAUAGUUUUUGUAUUUUCGUUAACACAUUAUACUUACUGACGUACUUAUGGAGCUGAACCCUUCUGGAGGAGACGCCAUCACCGUGUUCACAA